UCCUUUCUCCACUCACUCACGAGCAGAGCAGGUGGUGGCAACUCCUUCUCACUUUCUUCCUCUGCUGACUCCUCGAGCUUGGACAAGAAGGGAAAGCAACACUCGUUUUGAAAUUGUCUCUAAUUUCGAAUUUACAAUUAAAAUCUGUACUUUUGUCGUGCUCUUUGGGCUUGGAACGUUAAAACACACGCGUUUGGUUGCUAGAAUCUGUCAGUGAACCUGGAAGCUUUGUGGAGAAGACAAACCAGAGUGAUUACUAAAUAAAUAUUUCAAAAUAUUGGGCACCUCCCACCCGACCCAAAGUACUAAAAUUCCAUCACAACGGAAAAACACAAUGUCGUGUCAAUCAGUUGUGAACGACUUUCUAAGUGGGCUUCCUUCCAAACAUCCAGAUAAUUUUCAAAAAUGGGUGAUGGAUGGACCCAAAUCAAACGUUACUCGGAGGCCAGCAUCUUAUGUUCCCACUAAAGAUAUUCCUGCACAACAAGUGAUUGUGACAGAAAAGACCAACAUUCUUUUGCGCUACCUGCAUCAGCAAUUUGACAAAAAAAGCGGAAAGCACGGAUCCAAACGCGACUCUUCAGUUUUGGAGGACGACACUUCGAGAAAACGGAGCAGAUUCGAAUGACAUUAUCAUCUAAGUCAUCAUGAGGACGAAGAAGACGAAGACAGACCCCUAAAUUUAUCGACUACGUUUUGAAAGCCGUAACAAUAAACAGCGGCUCACAAAUAAUGGAUUAAUACGAAAAACGAAGAUCUGAAGAUAACAAAAGAAGUCAACAUAAUACAUACAAUAAAAUACGGUCUGUCAAAAAGAUGCAAAUGCAAUCUAUCUCCUCCUCCGUUCUCAUGAUGGCGAGACGAACUAAAAGUCAUUUGCGUUUGCCAAUUUUCUUUGUAUGCUCUUUCAUUAUUUUGUGAAUUAUUUUUUAAUAUUCAAAUACCAGUAAUUAUUUAUCAAGUGUGUUUUACGUCUAGGUUUCUCAUUGCACUAUUCGCAAUUGUAUUUGUUAGUAGUUAGAAGUAUUAAUGUGCUAAUUUUCUUGACGCUUUUAGAUCCGCCGUUUGGCGGACUAAAAAAAGUGUCGUCGUCUAGACUCGAAAGUCCUCUACUAAUUUUGAGUGAAAUUCGUCUUACUUGCAAAGCACAUUGAUCCAUGAUAAGUAUCCUUAUUAUUCCUUAUUAUGAUGGCAAUCUCUAUCUCUCGUAUAAUUAAUUAUCUAAAUAUAUAAAGUAAGUGGAUGGAUGCUAUAAUUAGCCUAAAAUAUGUAAAGCUUUAUAUAUUGUGGUGAUAUAUUACUUGAAUAAGAAAGAUACGCUGCUGUGUUCAGGAA